AUGGUCAAUAGAACUACUGUGAGCGAGUUCCUUCUUCUGGGAUUCUCUGACAUCCGAGAGCAACAGAUUUUAUACUCCGUCGUGUUCCUACUCAUUUAUCUAGCAGCUGUGAUAGGGAACCUUCUUAUCAUUGCAGUUGUAGCCCUCGAUUGCCACCUUCGCACCCCCAUGUAUUUCUUCCUAUUCAACCUAUCCUUCCUAGACCUCUGCUACAUCUCCGUCACCAUCCCCAAGAUGUUUGCCAACUCCCUAACCAACACCAGGUCCAUUUCCUUCUUUGGAUGCGUCACCCAAGUCUUUCUGGUUAUUUCACUUGCAGCCACAGAAUGUGCCUUUCUCUCCGUGAUGGCAUAUGAUCGCUAUGCUGCCAUCUGUUUUCCUCUGCAUUACAGGAUGAUCAUGAGCAGGGGCACCUGUGCCCAGAUGGCAGCUGGUUCCUGGGUCAGUGGAUUCCUGUAUUCAAUGCUUCACACAGGCAACACCUUUAGGUUGCCCUUCUGCCAUUCCAAUGUUGUUGACCAGUUCUUCUGUGAUAUCCCUCAGUUGCUCAAGCUAUCCUGCUCUGACACAUACCUCAACAAGGUUGUGGUGGUCCUCUUUGGGGUGUGCUUAGCACUGGGCUGUUUUGUGUUUAUCAUCGUGUCCUACAUUCAGAUAUUUUCCACCGUGCUGAGGAUCCCAUCCAUGCAGGGAAGGCGUAAAGCCUUCUCCACCUGCCUGCCACACCUUGUGGUCAUUGGCUUAUUCUUUGGCACUGGCAGCUUUGUGUAUAUGAGGCAAACCUCAAUGUCUUCUUCCUUUUGGGACCUGUUGGCAUCUGUGCUCUAUGCUGUGCUGCCACCGUUAUCAAAUCCAAUCAUUUAUAGCUUGAGGAAUAAGGAGAUAAGAGAGGCUCUGGGUAGGGUGAUAGCCAGGAAAUGUUUUUCCAAAGAGUGGAAUGUCCAUUUUUAG